GUGAAGACAAGAUAGAAAAUAUUAUUUUCUAAUAGUUUAACUUAGGAAAAAAAAACUGGCUAUUUUUCUUGAUAGGGCAGUUUUAACAAGAUGUUAUACGCCGUGUUUGUAUAAACCAAACUUUAUAUGCCGUGUAAUUUGUAUACUGAAUAAAACUAUGACAAUCUGAUACACUCAAGUUUAUUUGUUUCUAGAGAAAUCAAACAAUGCAGACGAUAACUAAAGCUUUACGGAAAAUCGUCCUGUUCUGUUGUUUCGUCUGUUUCGGUGUCGGACUCGGCCUCUACUUCCAGGCGGUCCGCGAUCAUUUCGAUACGGUCAGUGCCCCGGUCGGGUCAAAGGUGAGAGUGGAUGAGUUGGUGUAUAGGACAGAACAGGAGAAACACACUCUGGACAGUAACGAUAACUCGAACCUUGUACAGAGGAAAGACACGAUAGACAACUCGGGAGCUAUAAAAUACCUGAAUAAGUACAAGGAACUGUUUGGAAACACAACUGUGGAUGUGACCCAAGCUGACCCAAACAAUCCGGACACAAUCAAAACAUGGUGGCAGGGAGCAGCCAUGAUUGAUUGGUACAUUCACUCACCUUUACGCUACACAUGUAAACAACGUGUCGCCUAUGGCAACUGGGGCGUGUGUCAGGACGUGCCAUACAGUGUCAACCGCUCCUGUCUAGUUUACUCGUUUGGCAUCAACAACGAUUUCUCCUUCGAUGACGCGAUGGUUGACCAGGGAUGUGAGGUCCAUUCAUUUGACCCCAGUAUGAACCAGUCUGACCACAAACGUGGCCGGAACAACACCUUCCACAACCUGGGCCUCAGCAACACCAACACCGACGCCUUCCUCCCCAGACGCGACGGCUACGUGCAGGACAACCAGGUGUGGAGGAUCAGGACAUUGAAGGCUAUCAAACAAAUGCUAGGACACGAUCAGCGCGUGAUAGACGUUCUAAAAAUAGACGUGGAGGGCCAUGAAUGGACUGUCAUAGACAACCUGAUAGAGACGGAUAUGUUCCGAUACGUGCGACAGUUCCUCUUGGAGUUUCACCUGUUUUCAGACUGGCCACUCAAACAGGACUAUGUCAACCUGUAUAAGAUCUAUACAAGACUGAGAGAGAUGGGAUUCCGCGAGUUUUCUGUCGGGCCACACCCCAAGACUCUAACACUCGACCACUUCAACAACCAAGGGGACUCGGAGUUUGUUAAUGUUUUUUUUACACAACCAUAGCUACAUCAUCAUUCAGACUCAUUUGUAAUCAUAUUUGUAAUUAGACAUGUAUGUUCAUUGUUCAUACCAAUAACUACAUUAUUUUUAAAAAUUGUUACCUUCGUUGUAUUCCGGUAGU